AUGACCGAAGAAAAAGACCAAUUGGAGGAAACUCAAAGAAUGUUAGAGGACACCGUAUUAUCUCACACCGAAGAUGAGGAUGAGGGCGUGGAUGUUGACGAGGAAGAAGAUAACGGUGCCGUGGAAUACCCAGGUACAGUGAUGCCAGAUCCACAUCCAGACCAAAUCGAUGCAGACAUAGACUUAACCCGCGAGUACGACGACGAUGUCGACUACCUUGAGCUCAUCCACUUGAAGAUCGGAAGUUUGGAGGAUCUCAAUCUCGGUAGGUUCAAGAAGCUUGAGUCUCUCUGCUUGAGACAGAAUCUCCUCACAUCCAUGACAGCAGUGGCGGAUUUGCCUACCGAUACGUUGGAAGAACUUGAUCUCUAUGAUAAUCGCAUCAAUCACAUUAGCAGUGCGUUAAACAAGUUCGAGAAGUUGAAGAACUUGGACCUCUCGUUCAACAAGAUCAAAAACAUUAAGAACAUAGACAAGUUGGUCAACCUUGAGAACUUGUACUUUGUGCAAAAUAAGAUUAAGGAAAUUAAGAACUUAGAAACAUUGAAGAAGUUAAAGAAUUUGGAGCUCGGUGGUAACAAGAUCGAAGAGAUUAGCGAUACCAUGAACCAGCUUCCGCUGGUUGAGCAAUUGUGGUUGGGAAAGAAUAAGAUUCCCAGAUUAGAGAAUUUGUCUAAUUUGCUAAACUUGAGAGUUCUUUCUAUUCAGUCGAAUCGAAUCACCAAGAUCGAGGGCUUGGACAAGUUGGUGAAUCUUGAAGAGUUGUAUCUUUCUCACAAUGGAAUCUCCAAGAUCGAAGGCUUGGAGAACAAUACAAAGCUCCAAGUGCUUGACAUCACCUCCAAUCGCAUCAGUAAGCUCGAGAAUCUCUCCCACCUAGUGCAUCUUACCGAUUUCUGGUGCUCGUACAACCAGGUGUCGUCCUUUGACGAGAUUGCUAAAGAAUUGGGCAAAUUGCCAGAAUUGGAUACGGUAUAUUUUGAGGGCAAUCCUGUUCAGACCAGCAAUGCCACGGGGUAUCGCAGAAAGCUUCGUCUUAAUUUGGGCCCAAGUUUGGCGAAGAUCGAUGCCACUUACGUGAAGAGUUAG